AAGUCAUAACGAAAUCAUUUUGUAACUUAUUUAUACACUUAUCCUAUGAUUGCUACUCUAUUCUUUAAAAUUAUGGCCGAUAUUUCAGAGCGUGUGGUAACCUUAAUUAUACUCGUAUACCAAAUUGUUAUGGUAUUUCGCUCCAUUAGCCCGAUUAAACGAGAGGCUCUGCUCCUGGUUGUCCAUAAUGUGUUUUUUUAUUUUGUCAUCAAUCGCUUCAAGCACUUGGCUCAAGCCUCCAUCAAAUCCCCGGGGCCCGUCAACACCUUCUACUAUAUGCCGGUGGUCUAUGAAGCGACAGCCUCCGAGCAGCGAGCCCAGCAGAUGCACCAAGUCUUCCUCACGCCCAUGUGGAAGUUCUUCGAGACUCUGUUCCGGCAUCAUCUGGCGCUCCUGUUGCCAUUCAAUUUGGCCCUUUUAGUGCCGAACUGCAAGUUGCUGCUCAUUAGCAGUCUGGUCCUCGUCUCCAACUUUGUCAUGUUCGUCUGCUUCAUCGGCAGCCUCUCGUACUGGUUGCUCCUAAGCGACUUUCCCAUGAGCCUCAGGCUGCUGAACAUCGUGUGCUUUGGACCUGGCUUCCAAAUCUGGCUAAUAUUUCGUCUGCUGACACACGUUUGGAUACGAGCUAAUUAAGAGUGGAGCAUUGAAGCACAAAAUUGUCUGUGACAUGUUUUGGCAAAUUGUGGACCUUGUGAUGCAUUCAUUUAUUCGGUCAGUCAACAAAAUCAAUGCCAGAUGUUGGCCAAAAGUUUGCAACCUUCCAACCUUCAAACCUUCAGUCACUGCUCAACUACAACAACAACAACAACAACUACAACUACAAAGUGCAAAUCAAACCAAUAAGCGAACGCAACGAUUGAAAAUAACCCUAAAACUAUGA